GCAAAGCAGUAGUCACCAGCAGGCCAGUGUUCCUCCUCGAUCUAGCCCUCUUCUUCUCUUUUCAUCUCUCGUUUGAAGUCUUACUGAGUUCGAGUAUAUAUAUAUUUAUCUGUUCGAUCAGUGUGCUGAUUACUACCCCUCGGCGGUGAGGUAGGCGACCACCCACACCGACCGUCGUGGAGCACAGCGAGCUUGAUCGCGCGCCUCGAGAUGAUGGUUGACCCAGUGAGCCUGGUGGGCAUGAUUCUAACGAUGGUACAACUGAUCGCAAGCGCCGCAGCAACGGCACAGCAGAACAAGAAGAAGUGCCGGGAGCUCGCCCAACGCGCGGGCAUUCUGACCAACGUACUGCCCAACUACACAUACGCGGCGGCCAACGACCAGCACACGGCGAGAGUGCUGCACACGCUCAAGGAGGCCCUGGACGAAGCGCAAACGCUCAUCCAGUCCUGCCAAACUAGAAGCACGUUCAGUAUAUGCUCCCGAAGCCGGAAGGCCGCCGAAUUAGACGCCGUUAAUGGAAAGAUCAACCAGUCCAUCUUCGACCUCAAUUUCAUCAGAAACGCUCCAAUAAAUCACGUAGCAGCAGCUAGCCCAGUCCCACUCCCAGCUCAAACUUAUGACCACGGCUCCUACUAUCAGUAUCAGGCACAAGGAGCCGGAGGUGCCUCCAGCAGCGCCUGUGUUGGAUACCCCCCGCCUCAGCACGCUCCCGUCAAUGUUCACUGGACUCCGGCUCCGUCUCCCUACCAUGCUUCUCCAGCCCCCUCGGCCUCGGGUUAUAAUCCAUCUUGUUUUUACACCCUUCCAACGGUCAACAAGAUCUUUGACCGUGUGUGUAAUGGAUUCCGCUAGUGCUCAUUCGUUCGUUGCGUCUGGCGUAAUAUUAUCUUUCUGGAUGGAAAAUAUGUAUCCAUUUGUGCACUUAAUUUGUGCAGAGACUAUGAAUGAUACAUCAUUUAUUCGCAGCAACUAUAUAUAUAUAUGGUUAU